AGGAUGGAAAGCAACGUGAAGAUCAACAAUGCUGCGGACAUCUCUGUCAUUGUCCUCUAUUUUGUGGUAGUCCUGGCAGUGGGACUAUGGGCCAUGUUCUCAACCAACCGAGGGACAGUAGGUGGAUUUUUCCUGGCUGGACGAAGCAUGGUUUGGUGGCCGAUUGGUGCUUCUCUGUUUGCCAGUAACAUUGGCAGUGGACAUUUUGUGGGAAUAGCAGGAACGGCAGCAGCUGGAGGAAUUGCCAUCGGAGGAUUUGAAUGGAAUGCCCUGGUAUUUGUGGUUGUUCUGGGAUGGGUGUUUGUACCCAUUUACAUCAAAGCUGGGGUGGUGACAAUGCCAGAGUACCUGAGGAAGCGUUUUGGUGGGAAGCGCAUUCAGGUCUACCUGUCAAUCCUUUCUCUGAUCCUGUAUAUCUUCACAAAGAUCUCAGCAGACAUAUUCUCUGGAGCUAUAUUUAUACAGCUGGCCAUAGGUCUGAAUCUUUAUUUGGCCAUCAUUAUCCUGCUUGCUAUUACUGCUCUUUACACCAUCACAGGUGGUCUUGCAGCUGUGAUUUACACAGACACCUUACAAACAUUCAUCAUGGUAGUGGGAUCUUUUGUUCUCGUGGGAUUUGGAUUUGCUGAAGUAGGAGGGUAUGAUGCUUUCAUGAAGAAGUACAUGGAGGCAAGUCCAUCCAAUAUCAGCUAUGGGAAUACUACGAUUGAUGAAGAGUGCUACGCUCCUCGGAAGGAUGCCUUCCACCUCUUCCGAGAUCCCGUCAGCGGAGAUCUGCCAUGGCCAGGGGUGAUCUUUGGUAUGAGCAUCAUUGCUUUGUGGUACUGGUGCACAGAUCAGGUUAUUGUCCAGCGGUGCCUCUCUGGCAAGAACAUGUCCCAUGUGAAGGCUGGUUGUAUCAUGUGUGGGUACCUGAAACUCUUGCCCAUGUUUAUUAUAGUGAUGCCUGGAAUGAUCAGCCGAAUUUUGUAUACAGAUGUGGUGGCUUGUGUUGUGCCUGAGCUCUGCCAGCAGUACUGUGGCACCGCAGUUGGCUGUACAAACAUUGCCUACCCGACAAUGGUCGUGGAGCUCAUGCCAAACGGUCUGCGGGGACUGAUGCUGUCGGUCAUGUUGGCCUCUCUUAUGAGCUCCCUGACGUCCAUUUUCAACAGCGCUAGUACUCUGUUCACUAUGGACAUUUACACCAAAAUCCGACCAAAGGCAAGCGAGAAAGAGCUGAUGUUGGCCGGCAGGGCAUUUAUGUUGGUUUUAGUUGGCGUCAGCAUUGCCUGGGUUCCUGUGGUGCAGUCAGCUCAGAGUGGGCAGCUCUUUGAUUACAUUCAGUCAGUUACCAGCUACCUGGGGCCUCCCAUCGGCUCUGUCUUCCUGCUUGGCAUCUUCUGCAAGAGGGUCAAUGAGCAGGGUGCCUUCUGGGGCCUGAUAGUUGGGCUGCUGGUUGGGCUCAGCAGGAUGAUUACAGAGUUUGCCUACGGAACUGGCAGCUGCGCUCUCCCUUCCAACUGCCCCUUCAUCAUCUGUGGCAUUCACUACCUUUACUUUGCAAUAAUUCUCUUUGCGGUCAGCUCCAUCGUCGUCCUGGCAGUCUCCUUCAUGACUAAGCCCAUUCCUGAUGUACAUCUUCACCGCUUGGUCUGGUCUUUGCGGAACAGCAAGGAGGAACGUAUUGAUCUGGAUGCAGAGGAGGAGCAGGACAAAGCUGAUGAAAAAGAUGAGGAAAAAGAUGAGGAAUCAGUUAACAAGGAAAAUAAAGAAGAACCGGGGUGCUUAAAGAAAGCCUACAACUGGUUCUGUGGCUUAGAUCAAGGAAAUGAACCCAAACUGAGCAAGGAGGAAGAGGAAAUGAUGAAGAAGAAAUUGACUGACACAAGUGAAGUGCCACUUUGGAGAAAUGUUAUGAACAUCAAUGGCAUCAUCCUAUUGACUGUGGCUGUAUUUUGCCAUGCGUUCUUUGCAUAAAC